AUGAGCGGUAGCACUGAAAGUGGUGGUGGAACCAGUUGCAUUCCUGCUACCGGUUGUGAUGCCGGUGUUGCAUCUGCCUCCACUCCUCCUCCUCCUCCUCCUCCGCUUCCUGCCAGUGAUGCUGACGGGCACGAGACGGCGGUGGGCAACACGUCGAGUAAGCGUCCAAAGCGCAAGGUUGCCAUCAUAUUUGGGUACGUUGGCGAGCGCUACUGUGGACUUCAAUGGAAUCACCUGCCUGACUACCCAACUGUUGAAGAGGAGCUGCUGCGUGCCUUGCACCGCACCGAUAUGAUCUCAAAGGAGAACUACGAGCAGGAAAAAGUGCAGCAGAAACUCAACUGGGAGCGUGCGAGCCGCACCGACAAGGGUGUCCACGCGUUGCGCAACGUUAUUUCGCUUAACGUCAUGCUGCCGUUGGCGAAGGGAUCUACUACGGAAUACGACACAGAGGAAGCGAGACGACAGCUGAUGUCAGUACUGCCGCAUGACAUAAUCGUGUAUGAAAUUGUUCUAGUCACACGUAGUUUUAACGCCUACAUGAUGUGCGGUGCGCGUACGUACGAGUACUACCUGCCGACGUUUGCGUUGAUGAGCCACGAGGAGUACUGCAGCAACUACUUUCCCCCUGAUCUUGCCCCGUCACGGCCCACGCUUGUGGAUGUCGGGUUUCUCGGUGUCAGGCCCGACCCUGACGAUGCAGAAGCAGCACCGUCAGCGCGCACACUUCCGGGUGUGAAGCGAUCACGUGGCGAAGUUGAGGUAGAUGAAAGGGAGAUGGAAAAGGAGGAGGAGGAGGAGAAGUUGGGUGAGAAACAAGAAGGCACUGAUGCGAGAGGUGGAAACGUUGGUAAUGCGACGGUGCAGAAGUUUCAUGACGGUCUAUUCGAGAAGAUGUUGGUGUUCCAAACCAUUCCGGCUGACGCCAUGCAAAGGGUGGCGCGCUACCGCGUGUCGCCCGAGCGUCUGGAGCACGCGCGGCGCAUCUUCCGCCUAUACGAAGGAACACACUCAUUCCACAACUUCACCCCUGGCGGGCGGGCGAACGACCCCGCAUGCGCGCGGUACAUUGUCUCUGUAACAGUGGGGGAUCCGUUCGUUGUUGACCCUGCCGACCCGGCGCUGCUCUCGACAUUGGAGGAGUGGACGCCGUCGCGGUGUUAUUCCCCGGACGAUGAGGGACCCGCCCGGCUUAUACCGCAGCAACGGAAGGACGAUGCGGAUAUUAAAGAGCAACGGCAGCGGAUGCGGGAACACAUGCUGCGCGUCUACGGUGCUGACCCAAGUGACGUCAGCAGCAAGGGUGGCCUGGAGGUGGUGCGCAUCGAGCUUCACGGACAGAGCUUCAUGUUUAAUCAGAUACGUAAAAUGAUCGGGGCUGUCGCAUCCAUGUGUGCGGCCGGUUCGUCACCGGAGUAUCUGCGCGAUCAUUUUCUAAACAAGGCCGUGCGGUGCGGCACGCCGAUGGUGCCAGCAAACGGUUUAUUUCUCUCGUACCUUGAUUUUCAGCGGUACAACUACCGUCUGGAUCGUAUUCAGCGCGAGGGUAACAACGGCUCUGGCAAAGAUGGUGUGUACGUGGACCGUGUGAACGAGGAUGCGGUCUCGGAGUUCCGCCGAAAGAUUGUCGCCGUAAUUCUGCGCAACGAGAUGGUGGGUGAUGUGAUGGGGCGGUGGAUGCGGUCGCUGCGGCACGUGCUGCGGCUUGCGUGCAACAUCGAACUUCCGUAG